UACUCCCAUCAUUUGCUUAGGUCUGAUCAAUCUGCUCCACACAAUUUCUCAGUGAUCCUCUGCAUCUCUGCCUACAAGGGCCUCCCUGACACCCAAGUUCAUAUUGCUCAGAAACAGUGAACUUGAGUUUUUCGUUUUAUCUUGAUCUCUCUCUGACAAAGAAAUCCAAAUGAUGCGAGACCUGCUGAAGACAAUACAUGGAAAAUGACAGUCUUGGAAAUAACUUUGGCUGUCAUCCUGACUCUCCUGGGACUUGCCAUCCUGGCUAUUUUGUUAACAAGAUGGGCACGACAUAAGCAAAGUGAAAUGUAUGUCUGCAGAUACAGUUCAGAACAAAGUGCUAGACUUCUGGACUAUGAGGAUGGUAGAGAGGGAUCCAAAGGAGACUACACACCAUCAACCAACUCUCUAGCACUGUCUCGAUCAAGUAUUGCUUCAACUCAAGGAUCCAAGAGUAGUAUAAAAUGUUUAAAAACAAUUGAAGAACCUCUCUCCAGAACUGCAGGAGCCAUUAUGCAAUUCACAGCCCCUAUUCCUGGAGCUACAGGACCUAUCAAGCUGUCUCACAAAACCAUUGUGCAAACUCCAGGACCUAUUGUACAAUAUCCUGGACCCAAUGUCAGAUCGCAUCCUCACACAAUCACUGGUCCACCUUCAGCACCCUGCGGUCCACCCGUGGCACCCAUAAUAAUUUCGCAGAGAACCGCAACUGGAUCCAUUCCACUUGCCAUCACUGGUCCAUCUUCAACACCAACACCCCGCCGUCAGCUGGCAGCACCUAUAAUAAUCUCGCGGAGAACUGCAAGAAUACCUCAAGUUCACACUAUGGACAGUUCUGGAAAAAUCACACUGACUCCUGUGGUUAUAUUAACAGGUUACAUGGAUGAAGAACUUGCAAAAAAAUCUUGUUCCAAAAUCCAGAUUCUAAAAAGUGGUGGCACUGCAAGGUCUCAGAAUAGCCGAGAAGAAAACAAGGAAGCACUAAAGAAUGACAUCAUAUUUACAAAUUCUGUUGAAUCCUUGAAAUCAACACACAUAAAGGAGCCAGAAAGAGAAGGAAAAGGCACUGAUUUAGAGAAAGACAAGAUAGGAAUGGAGAUCAAGAUAGACAGUGACGCUAGAAUACCAAAAAGACAGGAAACCCAACUAAAAAUCAGAGAUGAGUGUACCAAAAGGACAGGGAGCCCAAAUAAAGAAGAGUCUGUCAGGUGUUCCAAGAGGACAGGAGUCCAAGUAAAGAAGAGUGAGUCAGGUGUACCAAAAGGACAAGAAGCCCAGGUAACUAAGGGUGGGUUGGCUGUACUGAAAGGACAGGAAGCCCAGGUAGAGAAGAGUGAGUUGGUUGUACUGAAAGGACAAGAAGCCCAGGUAGAGAAGAGUGAGAUGGGCGUGCCAAGAAGACAGGAAUCUCAAGUAAAGAGUGAGUCGAGUGUACCAAAAGGACAAGAAGCCCAUGUAGAGAAGAGUGGGUUGGUUGUACUGAAAGGACAGGAAGCCCAGGUAGAGAAGAGUGGGUUAGUUGUACUGAAAGGACAGGAAGCCCAGGUAGAGAAGAAUGAGAUGGGUGUGCCAAGAAGACAGGAAUCCCAAGUAAAGAAGAGUGAGUCGGGUGUCCCAAAGGGACAAGAAGCCCAGGUAAAGAAGAGUGAGUCAGUUGUACUGAAAGGACAGGAAGCCCAGGUAGAGAAGAGUGAGUUGAAGGUACCAAAAGGACAAGAAGGCCAAAUAGAGAACAGUGAGGCAGAUGUGCCAAAGGAACAGGAGGUCCAAGAAAAGAAGAGUGAGGCAGGUGUACUGAAAGGACCAGAAUCCCAAGUAAAGAACACUGAAGUGAGCGUACCAGAAACACCGGAAUCCCAACUAAAGAAGAGUGAGUCAGGCAUACUAAAAGGACAGGAAGCCCAAGAAAAGAAGGAGAGUUCUGAGGAUAAAGGAAAUAAUGAUAAAGAAAAGGAGAGAGAUGCAGGGAAAGAUCCAGGUAAAGAAGAAAAAGGUGAUAAAAACACAAAAGGUGACAAAGGAAAGGACAAAGUUAAAGGAAAGCGAGAAUCAGAAAUCAGUGGUGAAAAACCAAAAGCCUCAAAAAGGCGAAGGCAAGUAAAGGAAAGAAGUACAACAAAAAAGCGGAAGAGUAAGGAUAUGUUUUUUAAAGGCCCAUAAGACAAGUGAUUAUUAUGAUUCCCAUCCUCCAGAUACAAAACAUAUCCCAGCCAUUGCCUAAACAGAUUAUAAUUAUAAAAUCCCUUUCAUCUUCAUAUCCCAGAUUCUGCUCUUCAGAAGUGUCACCCUUUUUAAUCUCUCAGUCACAAACCUCAGUUUCCAAAUAUUUGUUUUAUAAGUUAAUAUGUAUAUGAUUCCGUCAAGAAAGACUGGAUACUUUCUGAAGUAAAACAUUUUAAUUAAAGAAAUAUAUGGUAAUAUCCUUUGACAA